AUGGCACCUACCCCUUCUUCUUCUUCUAAAUCGAAUCAUCCACACCUCUUAAAGACUCCUCAAUCCAAACAUAAGAUAAAUUUCUCUUCAGCAAGAGCCCCAAAUCCUAACCCAUCUCCAAACCCCAACUCUACCAUCAAAGAAACCCCUCAAGAUCACCCGAUUGAAGUAAUUAGCAGGAUACGAGAUUAUCCUGACAGAAAAGAGAAACCCACCUCGAUCUUGCAAGUAAAUCCCGAUAACAAUACUCUUCGUGUCCGUGCUGACAUUGGGUACCGAGACUUUAGCCUUGAUGGGGUCUCUUUCUCUGAAGAAGACGACCUCGAUUCCUUUUACAAGAAGUUCGUGGAGUCGAGGAUUAACGGAGUUAAAUUGGGUGCAAAAUGCACAAUAAUGAUGUAUGGUCCUACUGGUUCGGGGAAAAGUCAUACAAUGUUUGGUUGCUCGAAGCAGCCAGGCAUUGUUUAUCGGUCAUUGAAAGGUAUUUUAGGAGAAGGAGAAGAGGGAAGUGAAGGGGUUGAUGGGGAGAAGCUACGAAUUGGCACUUUUGUGCAAGUUACAGUUCUAGAGAUUUAUAAUGAAGAGAUUUAUGAUCUUUUGUCAACUAAUGGUGGGGGUGGAUUUGGAAUUGGGUGGCCUAAGGGUGGCAGUGGGUCCAAGGUAAGACUUGAAGUUAUGGGAAAGAAGGCUAAAAAUGCGACUUUUAUAUCUGGAAAUGAAGCCGGGAAGAUUUCAAAAGAGAUUCAGAAAGUUGAGAAGCGAAGAAUAGUUAAGAGCACACUUUGUAAUGAGCGAAGUUCUAGGAGUCACUGCAUGAUAAUCCUUGAUGUCCCAACUGUGGGAGGCCGGCUCAUGCUUGUGGAUAUGGCAGGGUCAGAAAAUAUUGACCAAGCUGGGCAAAGUGGUUUUGAAGCUAAAAUGCAGACAGCGAAGAUCAACCAAGGGAAUAUAGCAUUGAAGAGAGUGGUCGAAUCUAUUGCUAAUGGAGAUUCUCAUGUACCUUUCAGAGAUAGCAAGUUAACUAUGCUGCUCCAAGAUUCUUUUGAAGAUGACAAGUCGAAAAUUUUGAUGAUUCUGUGUGCAAGCCCAGACCCGAAAGAAAUACACAAGACAAUCUGCACGCUUGAAUAUGGAGCAAAAGCAAAGUGUAUUGUCCGUGGCCCUCACACGCCAAUUAAGGAUAAACUUGGUGCUGAAGAUUCUUCUUCGAACACCUUAGGAUCCAGGAUAGCAGCCAUGGACCAGUUUAUCUAUAAACUACAAAUGGAGAACAAGCUUAGAGAAAAGGAGAGAAAUGAAGCUCACAAACAGCUAAUGAAGAAAGAAGAAGAAGUUGCUGCACUGAGAGCACUUAUUGAAAAGAAGGGAUCUUCAGCAAGUGAAGAGGAGAUAAACCUUAAAGUUAGUGAGCGUACAGAGAUGCUGAAGCUUCAGUUGGAAAAGAAGUUGGAGGAGUGUCAAAGAAUGGCUGAAGAGUUUGUUGAGUUGGAGAGGAGGAGAAUGGAAGAGAAGAUACUUCAACAGCAGGAGGAAGUUGAGAUGCUGAGAAGGCGCUUGGAAGAAAUUGAGUUUGAGCUAUGCCGUUCAAAGGAUGGAAAUAGCAGUGAGAAUGAUCCUAGGGAAAUUGAUGGAAGUGGCUUUGCCAGAAGGCUGUUGGGGGUUUAUGCUGAUGAGGACCCAGGGAUGGUGAAAUCGAUGGAUUUAGACAUGGGUGAUCAAGAAGUGUUUUCUCGUGAUGUGAAAUUUGUUGGCACAUCUGCUCAUCAAUCUAACAGCACUGGAAUCCAAAGCUUGUCUAGUUAUCCGCAUUUAAGUACUUUGAAUCAGGCAGUUGAUCAUGGAGUAUUUGCACCAACUUAUGGUGAUAAAGCGUGUCUUAGCACUGUCUUUGAGGAAGAAGAGCUAGAAGAGGUGGAGGAACACAGAAAUAAAUUGGAAGAUGAAGAAGUGGAGAAAGAAGUAAUAGAGGUGAAGAGGAUUGUUGAUGUGUCAAGGCCAGAGAUCAGUUUUGGUGAUGGCUCCUUGAUAUCUUCUCCUCUGAAGUUUGAGGCACUCAAGGAUGGCUCAGAAGACAGGCACUCAGUUUCAGGACCAGUAAAUGAGUCUGAGAAUGUGAAAGAUCCAGCGUCUUCUAGACGAUUAAGAAUCCAGAACAUAUUUACACUUUGUGGGAACAACAGAGAGCUUUGUCAACAAUUCAGAACUCCAAUACCUGCAAAAAGGAGGGAUGCAGAUACUGAUCCUCAUCCAUCUCCAAUUAUGACUGAUGGCAAGGAUUCUGCUCUAAAAUGUUCAAACAAGGAAAACUCACCGCUCCAGAAAAACGUGCCUCUGAUAGAAUGUGGAAAAAACCUGUCUGAUCUGAUGGCACUGGCUUCAAAGGAGAACUACAACCCUUUAAUGGAAAGUAAUUCACAGAUUGAAGUGCAUGUGAAAUGGGAGGCUUCUAAAGGAAACAAGGGAAAUUUCAUCACCACUCUUAAGGUGUUAAAGGAUGCAACACUUGCUGACCUGCGGAAGCUGAUUGAAAUCUAUCUUGCCGCAGACAAUCAAGCAUUCACUUUUAUUGUGCUUGGGGAUCCUAGUGGAGCACCAGUUCCAAAAGAGAAAGAAUCGACAGUACAGGCCAUCAAACUCCCCAUUUGCAACAAUCAAUCCCAUGGCUACCUGGCUUGCUUGCGACCAGCCAAGGGAACCACCCAAGAUUCGAAUCAUCUCCCAUCAAGCCCUCUUCCAUUGACUCCACUGGGAAAUAAGCUACCACUCACCCCAAUGCCUUGCUUGUCACAUCAAGUUGAUGAUUUAUCUCCCAAACUAGCUGCACAUCUGAACUCUACUCCCUUCAUUACUCUUAGAAGGCACUAG